AUGACCACGUCUCCAUUCCCAGUAUCCUUCUCAAAGCCGGGAGAAGGACAUCUGAUUGCUCGUUUACUUCCCAAUGGCAUUUCAGGCCUCGUGAAGGCUACUUUUCAGUAUCCUUUAAAGAUUAUCACUCCACCAUCUCCAGCGGGGGAUCUGAAAUCCGUCCUUGCCUUUCUUCUAACAUACGGCGGCGGUCUCGUUGCGGGCGAUCAAGUCUAUCUUAAGAUCGACGUCCACCCCUCCGCCAAACUCACCAUCGCCACACAAGGCCACACUAAAGUCUUCAAAUCCGCCACCCCCACCCUCCAAUCCUCUCAAACCCUCUCCGUCACCCUCCAUGCCUCCUCCGCCCUCUGCCUCCUCCCCGACCCCGUCCAGCCCUUCACCGACUCCGUCUACGUCCAAUCCCAGAUCUUCACCCUCCAUCCAACCGCAACUCUCUGCCUCCUUGACUGGGUGACGGCCGGUCGCACCUCUCGCAACGAGAACUGGGAUUUCACCUCCUGGUCCGGCCGGAACGAGGUCUGGCGCGCCGCGGCCGACGAUGAAGAUGAGGACAAGGCCCGGCCCCGGCUACUACUGCGCGAUAACCUCAUUUUAGAUGGCGACGCACUCACUCCCGAUGAUAGCACGGCCGCGCUGCCGCUGAAAGACAAAAUGCACGCGCUUUCCGUGUUCGGCACGCUCAUCCUGGCGGGCCCGCUAAUGGCGCCGGUAUCAGCCUUUUUCCUCGCUGAGUUUAGUGCACAGCCGCGGAUUGGGGCAAGGGACUUUAGGUCAAAGGAGGCGGUGGAGCUGGAUGGGAAGAUGGAGGUGUCGGAUGAGGAGGCGUGGAGAGCGCGGCGGCUAGCGCAGGAGAAGGAGGAUGGGGUGCUCUGGUCUGCGGCGAAGGUGCGGGGGUGUGCGGUAGUUAAGUUUGGGUCUCAGAGCGUGGAAGGGGGGAGGAAAUGGGUUGGGGGUAUGAUUUUACGACAGGGAGGAGUGGUAGAUGUGUUUGGGGAGGAUGCGGUCAUGUGUGUCCGCUGA